AAUGUUUCCAUCAAUGCGUCUUUCGCUUUCCGGCCUGGAGGAUGACUCUAACUACUGUGUUUUGUUGGAGAUGGUUCCGAUCGGCGAUUGUCGCUACAAGUUUUCUGGAUCUCAAUGGAUGCCUGCUGGCGGCGCGGAGCCUCAGAGUCCUCAACGGAUGUAUUUGCACCCAGAUAGUCCUGCAUCUGGGGCUCACUGGCAAGCGCAACCUAUUCUAUUUAACAAAGUGAAACUUACCAACAACACCCUGGACAGUAACGGUCAUAUUGUUUUGGCCAGCAUGCACAAGUAUCAACCACGCAUACAUGUGAUACGAACUGCAGACUUAACUCAAAUACCUUGGGCGCCACAACAGGCAUUUAUAUUUCCGGAAACCGAGUUUGUAGCAGUUACGGCAUAUCAGAAUGAUCGCAUCACCAAAUUGAAGAUCGACAACAACCCGUUCGCGAAAGGGUUCCGCGAAACAGGCCAAUCGCGAAGUAAACGCAAAAUGUCUUCAUCGCCUUCCGAUGAGGACUCAGAACAACAACAUCAACCGCAAUGCCAUCAACAACCUGGGCGCCACCACGGAGCAAGACAACUACAAUCGCAGUCACAAAGUCAUUCCCACAGUCAGCGUAGUGUUGUUCUGUCGCCGACAAUGUCAACAACGUUGGCAGUGACCAGCGAGUCGGGAUCAUCAAUUUGUUCCGAUAAGGCGGCGCAUCCCAACAGCGACCACAUCGCCUAUGUAGACGUUGACAUUGUGGCGAAUGCCGAUACAGAUGACGAUGGACCGCAAAUUAAGCGCCUGAGAUCAAAUGAGUCCGCCGGGUCGAUAGCAUCGACACCGCUGGAGGAGAUGAUCGUUAAUGCGCAUGCGGGCAGCGAACGCGCGUCUCAUUUGUUUGUGGCUGAAGAAACGAGUUUGCAACCGUCCUUAUUUGAAUGGUCGUCGCAGCUACCACAGCCGACGACUGCUGGUGGUGGUGUUGUCUUCGCCAACGGUGGCCACACGUCAUUCAUGCAACAUUUACAGCAAAACAUGCAAUCAAUGCUGCGACCAACGCUUGUCGACUUGGCUUGUACCUAUUUCGGCCGAUCGCAGCCCAUUUAUGCACAAUACGGGCACCCAGCAAACGCUGCCGCCGAAGAUCAAACAAUGCCCGCUGCAAUGCCAUCAGCUCCUGAGCAAUUUUCAUCAUGUCCCCCGCUUGUCGAUUCAUCGACCACUGUAUAUGCUGCCGAAAUUCCCCCUCAUUCGCUUGGCGUCGAAACUGAGGAGCCGCCGCCGCCGCGAGCCAUUGAUAGCGAAGAGGGGAAAUCAAAUUCUGCAGUGGAAGCUAAUGUGACACAGAUGUUCCAACUGGAGAGCAUAAUAAGCCAUUCGCCACCCAAACGGAAAGGAUUUAGCAUUUCGGCGAUUUUAGGAGGUGGCAGCUAGCGCAACCAGCCAACGUUCUCGAACGUUAUCAGUUCUUCGACGCUAAAUAUUUAAAAUACUUCUUGCAUACUUCUAUAUGAAUCUAUUAGCUUUGUAUUUAUGUAGAGUUAGUCUUAGCUUAUACACCUAAUGUAUAUACAUACAUAUGUACGAGUGUGUCUAUGGUGUCUCAUAUCGCCUUAACUUAAACUUAAACAGGGGUAUUCUUCGCGUCUGGCAAAG